UAUUCGUCAAAGUUUUAUCCUCAUCCUCCUUUUUCUCUCUAAUAAUAACCUACGAUUCCGAGAUUUGUGAUUCAAAUUAAGGGUUUCUGCUGGUGGCUUUGUGGAGUUAAAUCAUCAUUUCCGAGAAUUCUUACAACUUUUGAGGCGUUUUUAUAACUUUUGGAAGGAUUUGGAGUUUAAAUAUAAAGAAACCAGAGUUUGAUUGCAAUCUGAAGACUUGAAGAAAUGUCAGACUUAUGCACCUACGAGAUCGAAGGUACAGUUUGGGAUGAAUUUUGCCAGAUUGAUGACCACAUAGUGCCCCAGACGGGUGACAAACGGGCCAACAGAAAUUACUUUCAGGGUGAUGGUUGCAAGAAACCUCGCUGUGGAGUAACUUGUAUUUCAAGUAAUUUUAUAGAUGGAUAUAGUGAUAGCUAUGUUGAUCAGGAAAGAGAACAAGGAGAGUAUAAUAGAAAGAGCUUAGUGUUGGAAAAAGACUCAUUGUCCCACAGAAAAAAUAGUUUGUUUCUUACUUCAUCUGAUAGCCACUCAAUCAGAAAUGUUCCUGGGUUAAUAUCUGAUAAUACGAAAACAUCAGGCCACGACUUCAAAAAUAAUAAUACAGACUCCAUUGGUAGUGAGUUUUAUGCAAAUGAUCCAAUUCAAGAUGAGAAGAGUACUUCAGAUCAUAACCACUCCUACAGUUAUUCACUUGAGGACACACCCCAAACAGACAAUGAUCUCAACUUUUUGGAUAAUUUUGAGGAUGUUGAUAGGAUGUUUAGAAGUUGUGAUUCGACUUUUGGACUUGGGGCCAGCAGAGAAGAUGAAUUUGGUUGGUUUUCAUGUCCUGAAUCAAAUGCAAUGGAAAAUAUGUCAGGCAGCCAUAACUUAUCGAAGUUGAUCGUGAGUAAUGAUUCAGCCUUGGAAACAUCCCCAGUUGGGUCCAAAGAGAGUUCUUGGCCCUUAGGUACAAAUGAAUUUGCUUCUCAUCUAUCUAUUGUGAAUGGAACCUCUAGGCCAGACUGCAAAGAUGAGUUUAUGCCUAAAGAUCAGCAGAUCCACGAGUACAAAUUGCAGUCAAAGCAUCAGAACCCCUCUGAGAGAAAAAGAAAAGAACAAUACUUUGGAAAUGGUAGUUAUAUUAGUAACCUACCAAGUGAAGUCAUUCAAUUUCCUUAUGGGGAUGCAUCUAAUCAAGCUUUCCCAUAUAUGGACAUACAACAUCAACAGCAAGGCUCCACAUGUGAUUCUGUCUCACAAGAAAAGCAAGUCCACUUUUCUGGAGAUAAACUUGACGAUCGUUGUGAUGUUGAAGGAGGCAGGAUAGUAACGCCGGCAGAACUAUGUUCCUCAAACAUACAAGAAAGCCUGUCAAUGAGUCCGAAUUUGGAUGAUAUUUCACCAGAAGCAGUUAGUUUUUGCCAGCUUCAGCAUGUCACAAAACAGUUGGACUUGAGGACGAAGCUAUGCAUAAGGGACGGUUUAUAUCGUUUAGCAACGAGUGCUGAACAAAGACAAAACCAAGAAAACCUGAACAGCAGCUCUGGAGAUGAAAGAGAUGCCAGUGGAACAUUUAUGGCUGAAGGAGCAAACAAGUGCGCUGGAUUCAUGAACGUGGAAACCGAUACAAAUUCUGUAGAUCGCUCAAUAGCACACUUACUUUUUACGUGCCCAUGAUUUGUUCAGUUCAGAAAGUGCGGACACAGAGGAAUAUAUCUCCUAUUCUCCUAUAAAAAUUAAGUCUUAUCUUAUUUGAUGCAUGACCUCGUAUAAAAGAAAUGUACAAGCGGCCUCGAGUAUUGAUGCCAAUUUGGUUUUUUUGUUUUUUUUCAUCAUACUAUAUUUGGUGUAUAAUGUAUAGGUUCCUUGUGUGAUUUCAAAUGUUGUUUGAUUGGGCUUUUUUUUUAAAUGCAACUUGCAGUCGAUAUUUCACCAUAUUCAUGUUGUCCGAUAUACUGAUAUUUUACGGAAACUUUGUUUUUGUUA